AUGUCCCCGCGGGCGCUGGAGCUGGCGCUGCUGCUGGCGCUGGCGGAGCUGGUUCUGGCCCUGGGGCCGGCCGAGCAGGGGGAAGCCGCCGUCGGGGCCGCCCCUCCGGGACUCGCUGCUUUCCAUCGCGCCGCCAAGGCAUCCUGGCGGCUGCCCGGGCGCUACCUGGUGAUGCUGCGGGCGGGCAGCGAGGCCGAGCUGCGAGGCACGGCCCGGCGGCUGCAGGCCCGGGCGGCUCGGCGGGGACACCGGGCAGAGCUGCUGCACGUCUUCCACCUCCUGCCCGCCUUCCUGGUGAGGAUGAGCAGCGACCUCCUGGACACGGCGCUGAAGCUGCCGCACGUGAAGUACAUCGAGGAGGAUGCCUACGUGUUUGCCCAGAGCAUUCCCUGGAACCUGGGCAGGAUCGUGCCGCCACAGCCCAGCUCAGGAGCCUACAGCCCUCCCAAUAAAGGUGACCUGGUCGAGAUUUUCCUGCUGGACACCAGCGUGCAGAGCACCCACCGGGAGAUCGAGGGCAAGGUGACUGUGACUGGCUUCGAGAGCAUCCCCGAGGAGGAUGGCACCCACUUCCACAGGCAGGCCAGCAAGUGUGACAGCCACGGGACGCACGUGGCCGGGGUGCUGAGCGGGCGCGACGCCGGGGUGGCCGCGGGGGCCAAGAUCCGCAGCCUCCGGGUGCUGAACUGCCAGGGCAAGGGCACCGUCAGCGGGACCCUCAUGGCCCUGGAGUCCAUCCAGAGGACGCUGGGGGCUCGGCCGUACGCGCCCCCGGUGCUGCUGCUGCCCUUGGCCGGCGCCCGCAGCCCCGCGCUGAACGCGGGCUGCCGGAGCAUGGCCCGGACGGGAGCCGUGGUGGUGGCGGCUGCCGGCAACUACAAGGACGAUGCCUGCCUCUACUCGCCUGCGUCCGAGCCGGAGGUCAUCACGGUCGGUGCCACCGACAGCGAGGACCACCCUGCCUCCAUCGGCACCCUGGGCACCAACUUCGGCCGCUGCGUGGACCUGUUUGCCCCGGGGGACGACAUCAUCGGCGCCUCCAGCGACUGCAGCACGUGUUUCACGGCGCGGAGCGGCACGUCGCAGGCGGCCGCACAUGUGGCAGGCAUCGCUGCCGUGCUGCUCAGCGCCGAGCUCCAGCUGAGCCUGGCCGAGCUCCGGCUGCGCCUCCUGCGCUUCUCCAGCAAGAACGCCGUGGACACGGCGUGGUUCCCAGCGGAGCAGCGCCUGCAGACACCCAACAGUGUGGCUGGGCUGCCCACCCGGCUGCCAGCAGAGGAGCAGCUGCUCUGCCGCUCGGUGUGGUCGGAGCGCUCGGGGCUGGCCCGGCACGGCAGGGCCGUGGCUCGCUGUGCCAGCACCGAGGAGAUGCUCAGCUGCUCCAGCUUCUCCCGCAGCAGCAGCGGGCUGGGGGAGCACAUGGAGGACAAGGACGGGCACAGGCAGUGCGUGGCCCACAGCGCUUUCCGGGGCCAGGGGGUUUACGCCAUCGCCAGGUGCUGCACCAGGCCCAGGGCUGAAUGCCAGAUCAACACCAGCUCCCCGGCGGCCGAGGGGGCCGAGUGCUCGCCAGGACAACAUGUGCUGACUGGGUGCAGUUUCCACUCCCCAUCCGUGGUGCUGGGUGCUGGCGGCAGGCCCGUGGUGGGGCUGAGGAGGGGGCCCAGCCGCUGUGCCAGCAGGACAGGGGUGAUGGCACACGCCUUGUGCUGCCCCACCACCAGCCUCGAGUGCCGGCUGAAGGAGCACACGGCCCUGGAGCCCGAGGAGAAGGUGACGGUGUCCUGUGACGCUGGCUGGACGCUGACGGGCUGUAACGCCCUUUCCCAGAGCCCUGGCUCCAUGGGAGCCUACGCCGUGGACAAUUCCUGCGUGGCAGCCGCUGUCCCUGGCAGCAGCUCGGCCGCGGCCGUCGCCGUUUGCUGCCGGAGCCGGCAGUAGGGACAGGCUGAGCUGGAGAGCUUCCAUGGCACUGCAGGGAUGGAGGCUUUGCUGAGCUGUGUGUCCCUGGCUCGGUGCCUUUCCAGGGUUUCCAGAACAAUCCAAGCUCUGACAUGCAGCUGAUGACUCCACACUUGGGCUGCCGUGCUGCUGGGGGAUGAACUCGUCUCCCCACUGCGUACAGCAGGGUCAGGAUCCAGGGCCACCAUCCAGGAUGGCUCUGCAAGAGCUCUCCAAGCAUCCCCCAUGCAGCUGGAGCCCUGUCCCAUCACUGGAGCCGUCCCAGAACCCUUUCCCUGCCAUGCACUGUGUCUUCCUAUAAACACCUUGACAGAACAAGCCUUGGUGUUGUCACCCAACCUAGGAAAAAUCCACCACCUUUUCGAAGAAAAAAGUAUUGUGAGGAUUGCUCCUUCCUUCCCUGGUUAGUUGCUCAUUAGUUGUCAGCUAAUGCUGUGUAGCACCUGGAAAAUCUUAGUUUAGCCAUUUUUGGGCAGUUUUAUAAUUGCCUAAUCGUAUUCCUAGGAGACUUCUUUACUUUUGAGUCAAGUGCAAGGGCUGUAGUUUAAACAGCCUGCUUGGUUAAUUAGAUUUUUAUCUGCAUUGCUACAGUCAGCUACUGCUUCAUUAGUGCUUUUUUUGCUGUUAAGUCAAAGUUAAUGAUCUGCUGGUGUUUUGUGUUAACAGUUUCAGGUCUUCCCAGGACACAUAGAACUGCAGGAGGCUGUAAUUCCUUAAAAAAAAAAAAAAAAAACAGAAUGAAGAAAAAGCUUUCCUAGCACCUUAGUUUUUACAUUUGUACCAUAAAUAUUUAUUUGGAGUUUUAUAAAUGAACAUUUUAUAAAUGUCUU